AUGUCCUCGUCCGUAAAACAAACAACGACCACAACAUCAUCUCUCGACUCUCAUAUACUACCUGACAACCUACCCGUUUUCUGCUGUCAAAACUGCUCGGAAGUCAUCGCAUUACAAGAUGAACUAGUUUCCAAAGCUUUCAACGGUCGGUCCGGUCGAGCUUAUUUGAUGAACACUACCAUCAAUACAAAUUUGGGUAAAAGAGAAGAAAGAAAAUUAUUAACUGGAACACAUACAGUCGCUGAUCUUCUUUGCUCAUCGUGUGAUACUUCAUUAGGAUGGAUGUAUAUAAAAGCACCUAAUGGUGAUCAGAGGUAUAAAGAAGGUUAG